AUGGCGGAACAGACGGGGAGCACUAUAGGAGCAUCGCGUCAUAGGGCUCUCCGGGCAUGCGAGCCUUGCAAGCACCGAAAAAAGCGCUGCGAUGGCACGGAGCCGUGUGCCACCUGCCUAAGAUAUCAGUACAAAUGCUUUUUUUCCCUUGAAUCGCGUGUUCGGCUCAAGCGAGCACUACGACAAGCAUCCAGACCGGACCAAACUGCCCAUGAAUCCAACUCCGCGUCAUUAGGCACCGGACUAACCAUCCAGCAACCUGCCGAAGGCAAAGGCCGGCAGCUGGAGCGGUCUCGAGAGACCAUCUCACGAGAAGCUAUUUCCUACACUGCAUCCAGUAGUUCGGUAGCGGAUCGACUACAAGCAGACCUUCACAGCGAGCAAUCUGGCCGUAUGUUACAAUCCUCGCCGCUGUGUGAAUUUUCAGGUGACAACAACGCGACUGCAACGUUGACUUCAGCUCUGUCGUUCGACCAUAUGCGACAGUUUGCGACGUGUUUCUUUGAGAGUGUGCAUCCACUGUACACUUUCAUUCGCCCAAAUGUAGUUCACGAGACAAUAGCUAAGAAAUUCUCCUCCACGGGCGGGGUCCAACCGUACAAUGCUAUUCUCUUUGGCAUAGUCGCCUUAGGCUCGCUUUUUAGCGAUGGUGUUUCAGCAACCCAAGAGAACAGACACAUGGCUCUUGCUCGAAAUGCACAAGCCUGUCUAGAUGAAGAUAUGACACGGACUUCCACACCAGGCUUCGACUUAAUAGCAGCGUUGGUGCUCAGAACGCUUUAUCUGCGCGCAACUGCCCGACCCUACACCACGUGGAUGGCAAGCUGCACGACCAUGCAUACCGUCGCUAUGAUGGAAAAGGAUGUCAAAGAUUUAACUAGUGUCACGAUUUCACAGGACUUAUACUUUGAGCCUUGGCAGACAUUGUGGAUCGCGCGCUUGUUGAACACCUGGAUCGCCCACGAGUGUGGUCGGCCGCCAAUCAAGACUCAUUUUGAUACCUUGAUCGUACCGCCGACGCCUUCCAACCCGGUUUCUGCUACACCAGAAGAACAGAUGAUCUACCUUUAUCAUAUCUCGGAAGCGCUUUGUCCGGAGAAUCAAAGCAAUCCUGAGGUAUUCGAACUGAGCAUAAGGAAGCUGGCUGCGCUCGAUGCCCAGCAGUGCCACGACGGAGUUUUGCUAUCGCGUACCAUAAUGGCUCUGUGUUUCCAUCGCAUUCUACGAUCGUGUGAGGCCACUGUUCUCGAUAAGCAGACCUUCGCUCGUCUGGUUGAAAUCGGGCUUGAUGGUCUGCAAGCAGCGAAACGACUUGCGCGGCGCCAAAAGCCCUGGUGGCACCUGGCCAAUGUGCCUUUCCAAUUUCUCUGCGCCAUGCUUGCCAUCGACACAACGAGCUCGUUUGCACAAAUACCAACAGCUUUGCGAGCAUUCGAAGACGUGGCACGUGCUAUCCCUAGCUCGACAAUAACGGAAGCGUUGAAACUUGCAACGAAGCUAAUUGGCCUUUCAAGGUUGCAGAAGACUGAACAGCUUCAAUCUCUCAAUCAAUGUUCCGAAGACUUUCCAAAUAAUACGUUGCCCGUCCGAUGCGAACCUACUGACGACGAGGAAGUGCAAAUGCAGCCUUCAGUGGCCGAGCUUUCUGUACCGUGGCAGAUAUUUGAUUCAGAAGAACUAGGAGAUUUCAGUAGUUUCGAUUGGAGCUUCCUACCCAGCAUGAAUAUACCUAUCUUAGACUGCGAUUUUCAAUAA